UCUAAGAUUUAGCCGGGGGAGAGCAACUGGCCCUAUCCAGCCCCAGCACAGCAUCCCUCCCGAGGCUAUUGCUGGUGUCUGUCUUAUGUUCCGUUUUAGAUUGUGAGCCCUUUAGGGACAGGGAGCCAUCUUAUUUAUGCACGUUUUAUUUUUCGAUGUAAACCGCUUUGAGAAGUUUGUUGAAGAGCGGUAUAUAAAUAUCAGUAGUAGUAGCAGUAGGCGGGCCCAUGGAAGGAGCUUUUGCCCCUGUCACAGACUCCGCCACCAUCCCCGCCUUGGUCUCCCCUUUUCACUGCCAGCACUGCUGGAGUGCCACGCUCCGCCAGCCCCAUUCCCCACCACCGCCAACUGUCACACCGGCAGUUUUUAGAGGUUUUUUUAAAAAAAAGAUUUAACUUGCUCCCGCCCCAAACCCUUGAGCCAGGGCAGCAAAUCAUUUUUGCCUACGGGCUUACUCUGUGGGCAAAUUACAAGCUUACUCCUCCCUUGCCUCCUCCCUGCAGGAGUAGCAGCAGCAGCAGUUGAUUGACCCCUUACUCACUGCCACUGCCAGUGCCACCACCAUUGCGGCUUCCUUUCUGUGUCUCCUCCUCCACCUCCUCCAGGCACCUCCAUGUUUUUAGUGGUCUUAGUGGGGGCAGGGUUCAGCACGUACCACCUAAGAGAGAGUCUCUCUCUCUCUCAUCCUCCAUGACAGAACUCAAGGAAUGCACACACAUGGAGUUCACACAGACACUAGAACUGCUUAGUGCAGAAUCCAGAGGAAAAAGUUGUGGUAUGCAAGGACAAGACAGUGGAGUUGAGGAAUAUUAAUGGUGUAAUGAGACAGAUAUUAUUUACAGAGUUUAGUCUGCCUUCAGUGCUCUUGCUGCUGGCUGUUUGUUAGCCCUGCCUCUGCUCCAGGACUGGAAUACAAGGAACUAACGCCCUGUUCAAAAGCUGGCCUAGAUCAAUGAAUGAAUUAACCAGAAACACCACACUUAGCUUCAGCAAGGUUGUUGCAUCAGGUGCCUUCAGACCAUGCCCUAGGACACACUCACUGUAGUCAUGGGAACAUAGGAAGCUGCCAUAUACUAAGUCAGACCGUUGGUCUAUCUAGCUGAGUAUUGUCUUCACAGACUGGCAGCGGCUUCUCCAAGGUUGCAGGCAGGAAUCUCUCUCAGCCCUAUCUUGGAGAAGCCAGGGAGGGAACUCGAAACCUUCUGCUCUUCCUAGAGCGGCUCCAUCUCCUGAGGGGAAUAUCUUUUUAUUUAUUUAUUUAUUUAUUUAUUUACACAGUCAGACAGGUGUUAUUGUCUGGUUUGUUUUAUCCAGACAUCGAGUCCUUCCCAAGGACCUGGGAUGGCUGAAUCUUAUGGUCAAUGUUGUUGCUGUCAUAGAUAACGAAGCAGAAUAUAGGCUGUUCCCAGUAAAGCUGCUUUUUGUAGUUGGCUGAUGGUGAUUUCUGUGGCCCCUAUGGUGUUGAGGUGCUCUUCAAGGUCUUCUGGGACUGCACCCAGGGCGCCAAUGACCACUGGGAUUAUUUUGGUCUUUUUCUGCCACAGCCUUUCAAUUUCAAUUUGUAGAUCUUUGUUUUUGGUGAUUUUUUCCAUUUCUUUUUCUUCUAUUCUGCUAUCCCCUGGUAUUGCUAUGUCGAUUAUUUUGACUUGUUUUUCUUUCUUCUCGACUACAGUGAUAUCUGGUGUAUUGUGUGGCAGAGGUUUGUCUGUUUGUAGUCGGAAGUCCCAUAAUAUUUUUACAUCUUCAUUUUCUUCAACUUUUUCAAUGUUAUGGUCCCACCAAUUCUUGGCUACAGGUAGCUUGUAUUUUUUGCAGAUGUUCCAGUGUAUCAUCCUUGCUACCUUGUCAUGCCAUAGUUUGUAGUCAGUCUGUGCAAACUUUUUACAACAGCUGAUUAGGUGGUCCACUGUUUCAUCUGUUUCUUUACAAAGGCGGCACUUGCUGUUUGUUGUGGAUUUUUCUACUUUUGCUCUUAUUGCACUUGUUCUUAGUGCCUGUUCUUGCGCAGCCAGUAUUAAAGCCUCUGUUUCUUUCUUCAAGUAACCAUUCUUAAGCCAUUGCCAGGUCUUGGUGAUGUCUGAUUUUCCACUUAUAUUGUGCAAAUAUUGACCAUGCAGGGGCUUAUUUCUCCAUUUUUCUGCUUGCUUCUUGACUUGUUCUUUCUUGUAGGCCUGCUUUCUUUCAUUGGUGUUGAAUAGUUUCUCGUUAUUGACCAUUUGAAGUGCAUCUUCUUCACUGUCCUUGAUAUAUUCUUCAAGGCCUCUUUUCUCCUCCUGUUUGAUGGACUUGCAGCAUUCCUCUUCCACCUGAGCUGUGAGGGAGGUAUAGCCUAUCUACAUCACUGCAGGGGUGCAGAGCAUGAUUGAUGGUCAUUAUUUUCCUGGUCUUACGAUCCAGCGUCUCUAGCUCUGCUUGGGUCCAGUCUAUUAUUCCUGCAGUGUAUCUGAUAACAGGUAUAGCCCAGGUGUUUAUGGCUUGUAUGGUGUUCCCGCCAUUGAGUUUGGACUUGAGGAUUUUUCUAACUCUCCUGAUGUAUUCACUUCCAAUUUUUCUUUUAACUUCAGUGUGUGCAAUGUUAUCAGCCUGGAGAAUGCCCAAGUAUUUGUAAUGUUCUUUCUCUUCCAGGUUCUUGAUGUUGCUUCCAUUGGGCAGUUCUAUUCCUUCUGUUUUUCUUAUUUUUCCUCUGUUCAUUAUUAAUGCAGCACACUUGUCUAGUCCAAACUCCAUUGCUAUAUCGCUACUGAAUAUACGGACAGUGUUUAGCAGUGAUUCAAUUUCUUACUGGGACUUUCCAUACAACUUCAGAUCGUCCAUGUACAGCAGAUGGUUGAUUUUACUGGAUGUUUUAGAUGUUUGGUAUCCGAGGCCUGUUUUGUUUAGUAUUUGUGAAAGUGGGUUGUUAUUAUUAUUAUUAUUAUUUUACAUUUAUAUCCCGGUCUUCCUCCAAGGAGCCCAGAGCGGUGUACUACAUACUUGAGUUUCUCUUUCACAACAACCUUGUGAAGUAGGUUAGGCUGGGAGAGAAGUGACUGGCCCAGAGUCACCCAGCAAGUCUCAUGGCUGAAUGGGGAUUUGAACUCUGGUAUCCCCGGUCCUAGUCCUGCACUCUAACCACAAUACCACGCUGGAUCUCAAUACAGUACUCACACUUCUAGUCUCCCUUUCAUAUGCAACCAGGGCAGACCCUGCUUAGCUAAGGGGACAGGUCAUGCUUGCUACCACAAGACCAGCUCUCCUCUCCCAUGUAGAUGUCCCAUGUAGAUGUUUUCCGCCACCAAAAUAACUCACAGUUACAGAGCUGAAGGUGGGUAGGAAGUCCCACCCCACUGUUGUCACUCACCCCCUCACUCCAUCCUUUCACAGUUACCAGCAACAGUAGUCUGCAGAGGGACUGCGAGGGAAGGUGCUUCUGAGGGGAAGGCACCUCUAUGAUCAGUAGCCUGGGGAGAUCCAAGCUGCUGAUCACAGAAACGCUUGCCAUCACGGUUACGUUUCCCUCUGCAGAUGACUACCACUGUAACCGUGUGCAACUGGAGAGAUGGGGUGGAUGACACCGGUGCUGGGGAGACAUCUGAAUCAGGCUGCAGAGAUCUGGGGAGAAGAGGAGGAGUGAAUGGUUAAUCCAGGUGAUAAUUAAAAAUAAAGGAAGCACCCUGUGAAGUAGGAUACUCUUCAUAAAUCAGCCAACUGAAACUAACAAGAUUCAAUCAUUCGACAACUCUUUCUUUCUUUCUUUCAUUGGCAAAGCCAUAUAUUCCAGCAGACAAACUCAACAGCUUCACAGUUCACACUCUGCUCCCUAAAGGUCUUUUGCGUAAGCAGGAGGAGGUCAGAAAAGGAAUGCUGUGGGAGAUUCAAUGUACUGUUCAGCCAUGGUGAAUGAGAGUGACAUGCAUGGAUCCCCGGGCCAAGCCAGCCUUCUUCACUGAAAAGAUGAUGGAGUCCUCUAUCAAGUUCAUCAACAAGAAGUUCCCCAACUUGGAUACACGGAGUAGCACACAACAUUUGGGGCCGGUACAGAAAGAGAAAGCUGAUAUUUUCCGGGCUCUUGUUUCCUAUUAUCAGACCUUUGUGGAUGUAAUGGAGUUCCGGGACCAUGUAUAUGAACUGUUGAACACCAUUGAUGCCUGCCAGUGCUACUUUGACAUUUAUGUGAAUUAUGACUUCACCAAGAAUUACUUGGACCUGAUUGUCACCUAUGCAUCAGUCAUCUUACUCCUUUCCCGUAUUGAUGAUCGCAAAGCCCUGAUUGGCCUUUACCACUGUGCCCAUGAGAUGACCCAUGGAACCAGUGAUUCCAGCUUCCCUCGGUUGGCUCAUAUGAUCCUGGAGUAUGAGAAUCCCUUGCGCAAGCUCAUGGAGGAGUUUGGACCCCACACCAAGGCUGUGAGCAACGCACUCCUUUCGCUGCACUUCCUCUUUGCCCGCCGAAACCACUCCGCGGACCAGUGGCGAAGCGACCAGCUCUUCAGUCUGAUCAGCAACCCUGCGGGGAUGCUGGUGCCUGCCAAUUCAGAUACGAUGGCCUGUGAAUACCUUUCCCUGGAGAUUCUUGAGCGAUGGAUUUUGAUUGGGUUCCUCCUGUGCCACAGCUGCCUGGGCUCUGUACAGAGUUGCCUGGACCUGUGGCGGGGAGCUCUCCGUGGCUCACUGUACAUCACUCUUGUACGCGAAGAAGUGCUUUCUAUUCACAAGGUGACUGAGGAGGCCUUCAGCAGCCUCAAAGGCUAUGGAAAACGUGUAGCUGAUAUCAAAGAAUGUAAAGAGUAUGCUCUGACACAUAGUGGGCAGGUGCAUCGGGGCCGGCGUAAUUUCCUGAGGAAUGCUGUGCGGGAGAUGGAGGCCAUCUUGGCCAAUGAACCGGGUCUGCUGGGGCCAAAGGCUAUUUAUGUCUUCAUGGCGUUGUCUUUGUGCCGUGAUGAGGUAACCUGGCUAUGCCGGCACAGUGAGCAUGUCAGCAAGGGCAAGAACCCAGAGGAAUUCACUGACAGUCACCUGGCUGAGCUGCUCUUUCUGAUGGAUAAGCUCCGUAAUCUUCUUCGACGGUACCAAACCCUCAUCCAGCGCUACCACGCUCAGUACUUAUCACGUUUCGACGCCCUCGUGCUCAGUGACAUCAUCCAGGGCCUGACUGUGUGCCCUGAAGACGAAUCAGUGAUCAUGUCAUCCUUUGUGAGCUCGCUCUCGUCCCUAACCAACAAGCAAGUGGAUGAGAAGAAGAAAUUUGAAUUCUCUGGGCUGCGACUGGAUUGGUUCAGACUGCAGGCAUACACCAGUGUCGCCAAGGCCCCCAUGCAAUUGCGGGAGAAUCAUGACGUUGCCAAAGUGAUGAACCUCAUUGUCUUUCACACGAAGAUGCUGGACUCUGUGGAGGAGUUGCUGGUGGAGACGUCUGACCUCUCCAUAUUUUGCUUCUAUGUGCGCCUCAUGGAGAAACUCUUUGCGGCUACCAUGGAUGAGCCCUCCAUGUUGCGCUACUCUAUUGCUUUCCCACUUCUGUGUGCCGACUUCAGCCACGCCAACCAUCCUUUGUGCCCGGAGGAGUAUCCUCACCUGCGCAGCUGUGCCUUGGGGCUGUGCAACACCUUCCUGGAAGAGAUGGCCCGGCAGACGUGUGUCUGCAUCCUGGACGCUUCUGCCGAACAGGGCAAACUGAGCGAGCAGCUUUUGCCCAAGCAUUGUGCUGCCACCAUCAGCAAGGCCCGGAACAAGAGAACUCAGAAAGCAACAUCCAAGAAAGGGGAGCCAGAGAGGGACAAGCCUGGUGCGGAGAGCCACCGGAAAGACCGCAGCGUGGUCACCAAUAUGGACAAGCUGCACCUGACGCUGACUGAGCUUUGCUGGAGCUUUAAUCACCUGACGAGUUUUGUUGUCUUUGAGCAUACUGUGACUCCAGUAGAGUACCUCAGCAGCCAGUUGGAGACACGUCUCAGCAGGUCCCUGGUGCGGCUGGCACAGCCAAACCCAAAUUCUCCGGAGUUGGCACGCCCCUCCGAAGUGCUGGCGGGCGUUCAGGCCUAUUCGACCUUUCUGGUGUCACUGAUGCAUCGUGUUGGGCUGGACACCGGGCGUGUCCUCCGUAGUGUGCUUCUGCAGCAGACACAGUCGCGAGAUGCCAAUGGGGAACCGACCCUCACAACCCUCUAUACUAACUGGUACCUGGAAUCCCUUUUGCGCCAAGCAAGCGUGGGCUCCAUUGUCCUUUCACCAGCCAUGAAGGCCUUUGUCAGCAUACCCAAAGAGGGAGAGCAGACUUUCAGUGCUGAAGAGUUUUCUGAUGUCUCAGAAAUGCGAGCAUUGGCUGAGCUUCUCGGUCCCUACGGAAUGAAGUUCCUAAGUGAUAACCUCAUGUGGCAUGUCUCCUCGCAGAUGGUGGAGCUGAAGAAACUGGUGGUUGAGAACAUGGAUGUGCUGGUUCAGAUCCGAUCUAACUUCUACCAGCCAGAGCAGAUGGCAGCGCUAAUGCCCCGUCUAUCAGCCACAGAAAAUGUGCUGAAGAGAAUGACCAUCAUUGGGGAGAUUCUCUGGUUCCGGUCCAUGGCCCAGGAGGGCCUUCGAGAGGUGUUCACCGAUCACUGCCCUUUCCUGAUGGGCCCCAUUGAGUGCCUGAAAGAUUUUGUCACUCCGGACCUGGACAUCAAGAUCACCUUGAGCAUCUUCGAACUAGCCACAGCUGCAGGGGCCCCAUGUGACAUCGACCCAGCCCUGGUGGCUGCCCUUUCCAGCCUGAAGAAAGACAGCUCUUCCCCAGAGGAGGACUACAAGACGUCCUGUCUGCUGCUGGUCUUUGUGGCUGUGUCUCUGCCGCUCCUGGCCAUUGACCCUUCCUCGGUUUACACCACCGAGAUGGAUGGCUAUAGCAACAACAUCCACUGCCUCGCUAAAGCCAUCAUUCAGGUGUCAGCUGCCCUCUUCACCAUCUACAGCAAGAACAUCGAGACCCACCUCAAGGAAUUCCUGGUGUUGGCCUCUGUGAGCCUUUUGCAACUGGGACAAGAACCUGACAGGAUGAAAGCCAAGAACCGGGAGUCCAUCUCACUGCUUAUAUACUUGCUUGUGGAGGAGUCGUCCUUCUUGACCAUUGACAUGCUGGAGACCUGCUUCCCUUACGUGCUGUUGCGGAAUGCCUACCGUGAGGUCUCCAGGGCCUCUGCGCUGAGCCGGCUUCCUGCACACUGACAACCUCCCGUCUCACCCACAGUUCAAAGGGGGCAAGAGCUGCGCUGGCCCAUCAGCAGUGAAAUUCAGAACACCAUUCGCAGGGAGGGUGGAUAGGAGUUGGAUGAGGUGUCACUUCUGUGCCUUAGUUUACCGUCUGAUGGCAACAACGUCCAGCUUCUUGAGUGUUCGGCUCAAGUGCUGAUUGUCUCUCCUUGGCUAGCUUAAUCUUUAAAGCUGGGCAUUAAUGUCUCUGUUUGCUAAUCUGUGAUGGCCCCGCCCCGUGUUGCUUUCUUCGCUUUUAAGAAAACCAGCAUGGUCUUCUUGUACUUGAUUUGCCAACCCCAUUGGUAUCCCAACAGACCCAAGGCUGCCCAGUGCCAUCGACUUAACCCCCUAAUCCUUAAGCCCUUCAGAAACUAAGUCCAAGUGUAUGUAACUGUAUUUGCACAUUCUUCCCCUCUGUCAAAAUUUAGAUUGUAAGCUCCUCGGGACAGGGAUUUACCUCUUUGUUAGACAUAUAUAUUACUCAGUGAUGUUAAUAGCACUAUAGAAAUAAUAAAGAAUAGUAAUCUUCACUCCUA